AUGUUGAGCACGAUGGCUGCUAAAAGGAACAGGCCGCGCACCAGCAAUAGCAGCACUAUCCCCAUGAUGGACAUUCAGCAGCACUUCGCAAAGGUCAAGGCCGACCGAGAGAACAUCGCACGCCACCAGCGAUCAUCUGAACAAGCGCACAUCAGACGCUUUCAAAAAGAGUUCGCCCAUCAGGAUAGAACCAGCCGCAUCGAGAACCAACUUCCGAGCCACUGGACUAGGAGAGACAAGAAGCAAGUGGCUGCCCGUAUUACCGUCGCAAACAAGAAGGUUCAACGAACAGUGUUGGUCGCAAAUGCGGAAGAUAACUCGGAUGUCACAACCAAAAUGACUUCCAACUCCUCCAGCAAUUGCGACAAGUCGAGCCCUGAGCCUGACAGGCACAAGCGCAGCUCAAGUUCCGAGACUGACCAGACCUCCCACUAUGAAAGCGACGGUGGCAAGACAGCACUGAAGCUCAGCAAGGUCUUGAUGCUGCUGAAUGGCGAGCAUUUGAAGCUACAAGACGAACUUGGCAGUGUGAAGCACCAGCUGAGCGAGGAGCACUCUCGGUACGAGGCACUCGAGCAGAAAUACACCGAGCAGCGCAGUCAGCGCGUGAACGAUAAGCACUUGGUGGACCACUGGGCUCAGGAAGCUGCUGAUGCGAGAUUUGACUGCGCAGAAGUUGAAGGCGCAAAGCAAGCCCUGAAAGAUCGUCUCGCCGACGCGAAAGAACAGCAUCGAAUCGAUCUCGAAGCAAAAGACCGCGAAAUCGAGACGUUAAAGGUUAUGUAUGACCUCAAUGUCGCGGCCAAGGAUGUGGAAAUCGAGAAGUGGCACCAAGCCUGUAUGCAGAAGGAUUCCACGUUCCAGAAAAUGGUGACAAAGCUAGUUAGCGAGCGCGACGAGACUCGGGCCAAGGCCAUCAGCGAAAAGAGAAAGAUCUGGGCAACCAGUAGGAAUAAGACCGAUGAUUUGAAAGAGAAGCUUGAGGCAUGGAAGACGAAAUACGAUCGGAUGUCAGCAGAUUGUGAUGAUGCUACUACCAAGAACAAGGAGACUAUCGUCAAUCUUGUCACUCGAAACUGGCAAUUGAAGUUGGAGCAUGGAACCAUGGGUCGCAUGCUACAACAAACUUGCACGAAAGGGUCCGAGCUACACCAGCUCAACCAAAUUAUUGAGGCGAGUACCGCGAGCAGAGAAGAGGCCAAGGAGCUCCGAAAGAUGGUGAAGCGGCUGGAACAGCACAAUGAGAAUCUUCUCGAUACGCUGCAGAACAUGCAGAAUGAGUGCAAACGUCACCGAGAAUCCGAGCAAGAUAUGCGAGCUGCGUCAAAACGUGCCCAUGAUACUAUUCAGCUCUUGGAAGACAAGCUGGCGCUCACUAAGAGUCAACUUCGCGAUGCGGCGAAUCAGCUCGAGAAGAUACAGCAAGGCGCUGUUCCAGCGGGCGCGCAUUGCGCGGCGCUUGAUGAACUUGAGCAAGAGAAUGAACACCUGCGAGAGUCACUUCAAACCGAGCGAAACGACAAAGCUGAGAUGCAAGGCAAGCUAGAUAAACUUGACAGCGAGAAUCUUAACCUCUCCAUCGAGUACGAUAGUAUCGACGCCGAGCUGAUCCAGAGUAAAGGGUCCAACAGUACGCUUCGCGAUAGCAUGGAGGCAGCGAUGCACGAGCUGAACAUGCUCCGGAAAGUGGUCCAAGGCCAGCAAGGUGUUCUCGGUGAACAAGAUCAGAGUGAACUGCUGAGACUAGUGAGCAGAACCACGGAAGAAAACGGAAGCCUCAUUGAAUCGGUAGCUAAGAUGGAGGCAAAGGUGCAGGAGAUCGAACAGUAUGGUGCGACCAUUGAAGACAAGUCUGAGAGCGAGGUGAUGAAGGCCAAGGACAUGAGCGACUACUGGUGGCAUCUCUACCAUAACGAGGCUGUCCCGACUACAGAACGCUUACACGCCGAGAUUGCCGCCCUCAAAGCAGAGAAGGGUGAGCAUCACUUUAUCGAGCCAGCUCCACCUAUGAAUCCAGUCGUCUUCGACCGGAAAAUGUUGCCGUGCGCUGCCAUGAACGGUCUUGCAGGCGUUCCGGCUCAUUUGAUCACUUCGGCUGUGUGCGAUGCUGAGGGCGUUACACAUCUCUGUGCGACCACAGAAGCUUUGCAAACGCUACGACCUCAGGGUUGGCAACCUGUAGUCGUUGCGGGUAAAGUUUGGCUAUCGAAGAUGGUGAAGCCAUUGUUGGAGGACGAUGCCGUGACGCAGAUCCAGACUUGCCAUCAUAACGGAGAUCUGAGUAGCACAGGUCCUGAACAAUCCUCGAUGAGCGACACGUACAGGUCACGCAACACUCAGGUUCCUACCAACUUCAUGGCACACAACGGCCUGUCGGCGCAUCGUUUGAAUCUGCUGGCACUGUUUCUGACGAACACUUCGAGCGAACGAGCGCAAGAUCCUGUCAUUCCGAAGUGCGGUAACCAAGUUGCUGCUACACGCGAAGCAACGCGGCCGACUAUAAAGCAAGCGCUAAAGUCAAAGCCUCAAGCUGCAUACCAGAUUGCACAGGCUUCCAUCAUGGACAAAUCACGAGUUCCUCAAUGGCGAGCAUCGUGGCUGAAGAUUGAUAGCAGGAUGACACGUGAAGCGUGGGAAGAUGAAGACCUUGACGACGAUUUCAAAGUCAACUGGGUCAGACUCUACGUCACGAAGAAAGACGAUUAA